AUGAAAAUCUCGACAGGGGUACUGCUGUUACUCCUCGCUUUGCAUCAGGGCAGUCUAAUACGGGCCCAAAGUACAAAUAUCAUACGCUAUUUUCUACAAUUCAUUGCCCAAGGUCAGGCGGAUGAGAAUUUGGAGAAUGCCGAUAACAAUACCCCUUUGCUGAAGGAAUAUGAUUUUAUUGUGGUGGGUGCGGGAACGGCAGGUUGCACCCUGGCUGCCCGGCUCUCAGAAAAUCCCCAAUGGAAGGUAUUGCUAUUGGAAGCUGGUGGACCUGAGCUGCUCGUUAUGGAUUUUCCCGCAAUAGCACAAAUGUUGAAAUUAAGUUCGGAAGUUAAUUGGAAAUAUUAUACCGUGCCCUCGGAUAAAUUCUGUUUGGGUUUGUAUAAUAAUAGCUGCCAUUUCCCAAGGGGUAAGGUUAUGGGAGGCUCAUCGGUCCUCAAUGCCAUGAUGUAUACCCGGGCAAAUCGCCGCGAUUAUGACAGCUGGGCGGCCAUGGGCAAUGUGGGUUGGAGUUGGCCGGAGGUGUUGCCAUAUUUUAAGAAAUUAGAGCAUUCCUAUGUUGAAGAUGCCGAUCCGCAGUUGGUGGGUCGUAAUGGUCCCGUGAAAAUUACCUAUCCCCAUCGACGUUCCAAAGUGGCAGAGGCCUUUGUGGAGGCUGGUCAGGCAGAUGGUAUCCCCAAAUGUGACUACAAUGGCAAGGAACAGAUUUGCUAUUCCUUUAUACAGACAACGACAGAUGGCCGGUAUCGUUGGAGUUCGAAUCGGGCCUAUUUGUAUCCCAUCAAGGGGAAAAGGCCGAAUCUGCAUAUUCACAAAUAUUCUUUGGCUACAAAAAUCCUCAUAGACCCGAAGACACGCGCUGCCUAUGGGGUGAGAUUUGAAUCGAGAGGACAAACUUUUGAUGUGAUGGCCCGCAAGGAGGUCAUAUCCUCGGCAGGGGCCAUCAAUACCCCACAACUGCUGAUGUUGUCGGGCAUUGGGCCAGCCAAACAUUUACGUCAGGUGGGCAUUAAACCCAUUGCCGAUUUGGCGGUGGGUUUUAAUUUACAGGACCAUUUGGCCCCCUUCCUCACCUUUACCACAGAUGCCGAGACCUUGAAACUGCAGAACUUCUUUGAUGUCAAUGAGCUGCUACGUUUGGAUACCCAAAAUAGCACCCUUUCCAUACCCGAUGGAGUGGAGGCCAUUGCCUUUUAUGAUCUCGAUCACAACAAUCGCCCGGAUGGUUGGGCGGACAUGGAAUUCUUUAUGAUCAGCGGAGGUCUGCACACCAACCCGGCCACCGUGAGGGCCUUUAAUAUGCGUCACGACAUCUACAACUACAUGUACGAAGAUAUCCUGAAAAAGGAUCUGAACACUUUUAUGAUUUUCGUUAUGAAUUUGAGGCCGAAGAGUAAGGGCCGUAUUAUGCUGCGCAGUAAAGAUCCGCAUGAGCAUCCCUUAAUCUAUCCGAAUUAUUUCAAAGACCCCUACGAUUUGGAUAUUUUGAUAAGAGGUCUUCAGCGAGCCAUAGGUCUGCUGCGCUAUCCCUCAAUGCGUAAAAUAAAUGCCCGGCUGCUGGAUCGUCCCAUUCCGCAAUGCCGAAAAUAUGGUGACAUGGCAUCGAGACCUUAUUUGGAAUGUUAUCUGAGAUAUUUCACCUUUACGAUUUAUCAUCAGGCCUGUACCGCCAAAAUGGGACCUAGGAGUGAUAAAACAGCUGUGGUGGAUCCGCGUUUAAGAGUUCAUGGUAUUAAAAAUUUACGAGUGGCAGAUGUUAGCAUAAUGCCAAAUGUUAUUGCGGGGCAUCCGAAUGGUCCGACAUAUAUGAUUGCCGAAAAGGCAGCGGACAUGAUUAAACAGGAUCAUGGUUAUAUUAGAUAAGGUGUUAUUU